CCCCUGAGUAAGUAAAAAACAGCGAGAGAGACCAUUCGACUCGAUCAGUCGACUCCUGACGAAAGCGGCGUUGUCAGCUGUCAAUAUUAGCUGUUUACGACCCAUAGAAUAGUCCAGUGGAGUGAGUCCAAAGUUGUCCCCCGGUUUCGGAGCACUUUUUCCCUGAAAUUAAUGAAAGUAAAUCAUUCCACUCCCUUAAAUCCUCAAUUACAUUCCCAACAAUAGCACAAUUUUGUGAUAUCCGACUGAAGUUUCCACGAUUUCACCUCUCGUCCACUGAAAAAGUGGUUGUGAAAGUCAUUCCAUGUCUAGUAUGACGUUUUACGAAGCCAGUGAAUGCGUGUGGACGAUUUAAUAACAAUUGCAACAAUUAAUCGAAUGUAAACAAUUGUUUGUUGAAGUGCUAAUGAACAUGUGGGAGUUGUAGCAGUCGGUUGUGAGUGAAUUGUCUCGGCUGAUUGGAUUUUACAGGGUGACAAUGUUUGUGAGGGAUCCUUGUGGAAUUGUUUGUAUUAUUGUGACGUAUGUUGCGGUUAUUUAUGCUGAUUAUGUGGUUAUCAGAUGGAUUAUUCUUCAUACUAUGCACGAUAGCUUAUGGGGUCCUUUUCACGUCGUGUCCUUCAACACUGUCGUCUUGUUCCUGAUGAUGGCCCACAUGAAGGCUAUUUGCAGUGAUCCAGGUGUGGUGCCCUUGCCCCAGACGAGGAUGGACUUUUCGGAUAUUCAUACAGGUGGUUCUGGAGCGAGUGAUGAUUGCGAAGAGAGGGAUGAUUGGAGCGUGUGCACCAGGUGUGAGACUUACAGGCCACCUAGGGCUCAUCAUUGCAGAAUUUGCGAGAGGUGUAUUAGGAGGAUGGAUCAUCAUUGUCCAUGGAUAAAUAAUUGCGUUGGGGAGAGAAAUCAAAAGUAUUUUAUUCAAUUCUUGGUGUACGUAGGAGUUCUUGCGAUCUACGCAAUAUCCUUAGUAAUUGUUUCCUGGGUUGUCGACUGUCCACAGUGCAGUACCGACGUUACGAUAAAGCAGAAUCGAAUCCUACACUGUGUGAUACUAGUGUUGGAAUCAGCUCUCUUCGGUAUGUUCGUAGUGGCCAUUCUAAUUGAUCAAUUCCAAGCAAUACUUGGUGACGAGACACCGAUAGAACGUCUUCAAGGGACACACCAUCACUACCACCAAAAAUCCCGUCGUGCAAUAACUCUUCUUGCCCAAGUCUGUGGCAAGAGUCAUCCAGUUUUCUGGUUGCUCCCCUGCCACAAUCCCCCUCGCUACUCAUUCCGUCGAGACGAGCGUCUGCUAGACCACGACGUCUGAAAGCCUGAGAACUGAGCGAAUAAUGAGGUAAAAUGUACCACCCUGAAUCCUCAAUAUCUCCUGACCAAGCAAUUCGAUUUGGACGAGUCAGGUCUCAUUUUAAAGUGUAAGGAAAUAUCUGAAGAAUGGAGAAAUAUCGUUCGAUUUCACUCUGCCGAUGUCGAGUUAUCGACGAUUAAACACGGCCCUGUUUACAUGCUCCAAUCGAACUAAACUUAAGAGAAAAGUAUUUUCAUUACUUACGAUUAUCAAUGAAAACGAUUGAAUGAAGAAUUUUUCCGUCAAUUGUAAGUCUUGUGAUUUUUUAUCCAUUUAAAUUUACAUAUCUAUCGAAUUGGCCUUCAGCUCUUUCGGCUCUCAAUCACACCAAUUUUCAUCGGAAUUCAUGUGUACGAAAAAUUUGUGCAGACUUGUUGUAACGUAUGAAAAAAUGUAAAGGAAAAAAUCUAGGAAAUUCUGGACAACAAACUGUAGGGAAGAGUUGAAAAAACUUGCAAAAUUUAAACUCUAGAUUUUGUUCUUUGAAAUUUUUCCAUACGUAAAUUAAUACCUUAAGUGUAUAUACAUACUAUACAACUAUUUAUGUGCUUUUCGAGAA